AUGCAACCGAUUCGACUCUCCAAUCUUUCACGUGUCAUUGUGACCCUGCCCUCGAAUACUGGGACGCCUAAUGAGCAAAACGAAGGAUUACUCAGGACUAUGCAAUGCGCUUUUAAAGGGAUACUGCCAGGCGUUCCCUGUGCAACUGAGGGUGCGAGUUCUAGCUUCGACCUACGUAGGCGAUCAAAGAAAAAAGAUACUGUCUUAUACGCUAAAGUGUUGAAAAUCCCACGGACUCGAGAUAUGGUGGCUAGCAGGUUUCUGUUCAUUAAUCCAAAGAAGAAGGCGAUCGGUUUCGUAGUGUUCGUUACACUGUUAUCAAUGAUUGGCGCGAUUGUCACUCUAGAUAACAGCUAUUACAUCGUGCAGAAGCAUAGUGUGUUCAACAAGUAUGGGGUCAAGCUCGGAUGGAUGUGGACAUGUCUGAUCGUGGGACCAUUUAUGUGGUUAUCUUCGCGAGCUCAUUAUAGGUGGAUUUUUACUGCUUUGUUUGAGUCCUCUUGUGCUUUGGAGCCUGUACGUCUGUUUACUUCGUUUAUUUUUAAAUGUUUCUUAAGGGAUAAGGACAAAGCCAUAAUCGAUCUGUUACGUCUUGCGAUUGCUACGCUUUGUUGGUACAUCACUGUUUGGCAAUUUGGUCGAAUAACACAAUGGACUUCUCGUUGUGACCUUAGCAUACGUUAUUCAAAAGCUGAGUGCCAAGCGGAGGGCGGUGUGUGGAUUCUCGGCUUCGAUAUUUCCGGACAUUGCUUUUUAAUGAUUUACAGCAUGCUUGUGAUGUCAGAAGAGGUUGUUAGGCUGUUUAUCUACGCCUCAUUCUGCAGAACUAGGAUUUUUACGGUGUUCUCGACUUCGGCGAAAAUUUGCGAUGUUUAA